UACUUGAUGCAAACCAACACUAACACACGUAUUAUUUAUUAAAGUUCAAGGCAAUAUGAGCACAGAGCAACUCGCUGAACCUAACCCUAGUCCAAGUAAUUGUCCAGCUUCGACGCCGGAGGGGAACAGCUUGAAGAAAGGAGCAUUGAAAAGAACUCCAUUUAAGAAAGUACACUCCAACUUCAAAUCGCCUCUUCAAGUAACAGAGAUUGCUAAACUUAGCCCUGAAGAGGAGGUGGCAGAGCUAGAGAGGAGUCGAGAGAAGUUGGAUGCAGAGAUAGCACAGCUGGAGGCUGAGGGCUACAGAGUGGAGGAGCUGGAGCAUCAUAUUGAUAAGCUGCAUGAAUACAAUGACAUCAAAGACAUUGGACAGUCACUCCUGGGCCGUCUCGCUGCUCUGAGGGGGACCACCACACGAGAUCUCUACAGCCACUUUGGUCUGGACCUGGAAGAUUGAAAAAAAAGACUGGGGGAAAAAGUAUGAAAAUACAGCCAUGACAAUGGUGAGAGGUGCAAAGAGAAAAAGAAAAUAGAAAAUAACUGUUAUGAGGGUGGAUUUGAGAAGAUGUGCCUGGAGGAACGGUCUUAAGUUCAACCAAUUAAUAUUGGCUCCUUCACAGAGAGGUUUGUCCAUUUUCUUGGUGAUGCUCUUUUCACCUCUUUACAGAGAUUUGAAAGGCAGUAAUGAGUCGGAUAAGAGAGUGA